CAACUGCUGAGCUGCCCCCAACUCAUCUGCUUACCCUCCUCCCUCCCUCCUUAGAUCUCGAUGCGGCGCAAGCUCCCCGGCGACGCGCCGCCGGCGGCGGGCGGCGGACACGCGCCGUCCGCCUCCGCACCGUCCGAGGCGGACCUCGCGCAGCUCUCCGCCGCCAUCGCGGCUGGGGAGGACCUGGGCCCCUUCGUGCGCCGGGCGUUCGCGUGCGGCCGCCCCGAGCCGCUGCUCGCCUCGCUCCGUGCCGCGGUGCGGGACCGGGAGGCCGAGAUCGAGGAGCUCUGCCGCGCCCACUUCCACGACUUCAUCCGCGCCGUCGACGACCUCCGCUCCCUCCUCGCCGACGCCGACGCGCUCAAGGGCUCCCUCUCGGCGUCCCACUCCGCGCUCCUGUCCUCGGCGGCCCCGCUGCUCGCCUCGCUCGAGUCCUUCCUCGCCGCGCGCUCGCUCGCGGGGAACCUCUCCUCCGCCCUCGCCUCCUCCCGCCGCUGCGUACGGCUGCUCGCGCUCGCGGCGCGGGCGAACGCGCACCUCCAGGCCGGCAACCACGGGCUCUACCUCGCGCUGCGCGCCGUCGACGCCAUCGACCGUGAUCUCGCCUCGGGGCCCGAGCCGCUGCCGCUCCCCACGCUCCGCCGCAUGCUGCUCAGCGUCGUCCCUGCCGUGCGCGCCCACGCCGAGCGGGAGAUCUCCAGGGAGUUCUCCGACUGGAUGGUCAGCAUCCGCGCUGCGUCGAGGCACCUUGGUCAGGUGGCCAUUGGCCGCUCGGCUGCUGCCAGGCAGCGCCAGGAGGAGCUCCGCUCCAAGCACCGCCCACUGGAGGAGUGCAUCACUCUGGAUGACGAUGGAGUUGGUGACCUCGAUGAUUUUGCAGCAGCCGCGGCAACAGCUGAUGCUGCAGAUGGUGCUGCUGCAGCCUCGUUUGAUCUUACACCACUCUACCGAGCUAUGCAUAUACACCAGACGCUGGCGCUGGGUGAGCGGUUCAAGAAGUACUACCUGGAGAACAGGAAGCUGCAGCUGACUUCAGACUUUGAUGUCAUUGCGGCGACGCCAUUCCUCGAGUCCCACCAGGUGUUUUUCUCACAGAUUGCUGGGUUCUUUAUUGUUGAGGACCGGGUGUUUAGAACAGGGGGUGGGCUCACAUCUCGGCCAGAUGUAGAUGCACUCUGGGAUGCUGCCGUGGGGAAGAUGGUCUCUGUGAUGGAGGACAACUUCUCCAGGAUGCAGACAGCAAACCACUUGCUUCUCAUAACUGAUUAUGCUGCUUUACUUUCUGCCACAUUGCGGCGGUAUGGUUAUCCAGUAGGGAUGCUGCUUGAUGUGCUGGCUAAGCACAGAGAUAAGUACCAUGAUUUGCUACUUGCAGAUUGCCGUAGGCAGGUGGCGGAGGCACUGGCUGCUGAUAAGUUUGAUCAGAUGCUCAUGAGAAAGGAGUAUGAGUACUCAAUGAAUGUUCUUGCAUUUGGAAUUCAGAGCUCGGACAUCACCCCAGCUUUCCCAUAUGUUGCUCCAUUCUCAUGCACUGUCCCAGACAUUUGCCGCAUUGUUCGUUCAUUCAUUGAAGAUUCUGUGAGCUUCAUGGCACAUGGUGGUGGUGGGGACACCUAUGCAGCUGUGAAAAAGUACCUUGGUCGGAUCCUCUCUGAGGUGGUGGAUGCCUCGAUUCAGAAGCUUGUGGAUUCAGGCAGUGGUCUAAGUGUGUCCCAGGCAAUGCAGGUUGCUGCUAACAUGUCUGUCAUGGAGCGGGCAUGUGAGUUUUUCACACGCCAUGCUGCUCAACUGUGUGGUGUGCCGUUGCGUGCCGUGGAGCGUGGUCGGCAUGACUUCCCACUUCGCAGGUCGCGCGAUGCUGCGGAGGCGCUCCUGCUGCGAUUAUUGCGUGCCAAGGCUGAUGAGUUCAUGAGGCAAUCUGAUGGUGUCAACUGGAUGGCUGAUGACCCUCCACCCGGCGGCAACGAGUAUGCGAACGAGGUCAUCAUCUAUCUUGAGACGCUCACAUCAACUGCGCAGCAGAUCCUCCCUCUUCCUGUGCUCCGCCGUGUACUUGUGGCAGUGCUUGCCCACAUCUCGGAGAGGAUUGUUGAUCUCUUCCUUAAUGAUUCAGUAAAGCGUUUCAAUGCGAAUGCAGUCACUGGUAUAGAUACCGAUCUCAAAAUGUUUGAGGCGUUUGCAGAGGGCAUGUCCAGCCUAUUUGAGGACUCCGAUCAAGAGUCUGUGAAAAAUGAAAUGAAGGCUGCACUUGUGGAAGCAAGGCAGCUGGUAAAUCUUCUUAUGAGCAAUAGUCCAGAGACAUUCCUAAAUCCAGUGAUCCGUGAAAAGAACUACAACAAGCUAGAUUAUAGAAAGGUUGCAAUCAUCUCAGAGAAGUUUAGGGAUACAUCAGAGAGUUAUUUCUCAACAUUCGGAACAAGGGGUGCCAGGCAGAACCCAAAGAAGAAAUCUCUGGAUACCCUGAUCAAGAGGCUCAGAGAAGCCAGCUAGAUCUGCUAGUGCCCUCCCUGCUGUAAGAUAAUACAUGCACAUGGCUCCUCACAUCCUCAUAUUUUCCAUGAAAUAGUCUGUAUCUGUUGUGCGUUAUGCCUGUUUCAAUUGUUGUUAAUCUUAUGCUGUAAUUUCGCUGAUGUUAGAUUCCAUGUUUCAUGUGUGGUUAUCUUCCUGUUCAUUAUUUCACCCAUUUACUAUAUGAUGAAGAUAUGUCAUUUUUUUAUGUCCAAUUGUUUAUAAUGGUUAUUUCUACA